UGGCAGCAGUCGGACGGGCGCUUCCCUGCAGGUUGGUGCGCUCCUCUCCGGAGCCGUCCAGGGAGCCGCGGCUCGCUCCGCACCCCGGGCAGCGCCGGCGGCGGGGAGGCGGGGGGCUGCGCUACAGCCGGGGAGGCAGGAGCCGCCGCAAGACCCCCCAGGAGCGGUGGCUGCUGACGCCUCUCCCGCCGGCUCCUCGCAGGAAGGCACCGCCCGGGCCGCCCCAGGCGGGCGGCGCGGCCCCUCGCCCGGCCCGGCUCCCCACCAUGCUGGACGGGCUGAAGAUGGAGGAGAGUUUGCAGAGCGCCCUGGACCCCGCGACCCCCUUCUCCUCCUUGCUGGGCAGAGCCGCGACCCCCAAGUCGGUGUGCGAAGGGUGUCAGCGAGUGAUUUUGGACCGGUUCUUGCUGCGCCUGAACGACAGCCUGUGGCAUGAGCAGUGCGUCCAGUGCGCGUCCUGCAAGGAGCCCCUGCAGACCACCUGCUUCUACCGCGACAAGAAGCUCUACUGCAAGCUGGACUAUGAGAAGCUGUUCGCGGUGAAGUGCGCGGGCUGCCUGGAGGCCAUCGCGCCCAGCGAGCUGGUGAUGCGCGCCCAGAAGAGCGUCUACCACCUGCACUGCUUCUGCUGCUGCGUCUGCGAGCGGCGCCUGCAGAAGGGCGACGAGUUCGUGCUGAAGGAGGGGCAGCUCCUCUGUAAGGGCGACUACGAGAAGGAGCGGGAGCUGCUGAGUUUGGUGAGCCCGGCUCUGUCGGAUUCUGGCAAAAGUGAUGAUGAGGACAGCAUCUGCAAGCUGGGCCAGGCCUCGGGGAAGGGCGCUGAGGACGGGAAGGAUCACAAACGGCCCAAGAGGCCACGGACCAUCCUGACCACGCAGCAGCGCAGGGCGUUCAAGGCGUCGUUUGAGGUCUCCUCCAAGCCCUGCAGGAAGGUGCGGGAGACGCUGGCGGCAGAGACGGGGCUGAGUGUCCGUGUGGUGCAGGUCUGGUUCCAGAACCAGCGAGCAAAGAUGAAGAAGCUCGCCAGGAGGCAGCAGCAGCAGCAGCAGGACCAGCAGAACACACAGCGCCUGAGCGCAGGUACCCUCCUCACAAUUCGGGUUUCCCCAUCUCCCAGCCCUCUCCAGGCUUCUCAGCGGAGCUCAGCCACCCAGAAAGCAGCAGCCAAUGACUUGAUCUUAUCUCGGUGUUAUCUCGCAGCCCAGACGAACGGCGGCGGCGGCGGCCCGGGGCUGGAGGGGAUGCUGAACCCCUACACCGCCCUGCCCCCGCCGCAGCAGCUGCUGGGCAUGGAGCAGAGUGUCUACGGCUCCGACCCUUUCCGGCAAGGGCUCACCCCACCCCAGAUGCCCGGAGACCACAUGCACCCCUACGGUGCCGAGCCCCUCUUCCACGACCUGGACAGCGACGAUACCUCACUGAGCAACCUGGGGGACUGCUUCCUCGGCACAGCAGAUGCAGGGCCACUCCAGGCACGAGUGGGAAACCCCAUCGACCACCUGUACUCCAUGCAGAACUCCUACUUCACCUCCUGAGCCCAGCGUGGUCCCCCCAGCAGGGGCCGCAGAGCUCCCGGGGUCGGGAGGGAGGGGAGCAGCUCUGCUGGGAUGCCGUCAAAUAAUGUUUUAGCUUGGGAUUCCCAAGGAGAGAGUUAAGUUAUGGGUUGCAUAGUUUCAUGUUUCUCUUAGGAGCCUAGGAUUAGGGACAGGAGUGGUUUUUGCAGCUGGCUGGUGGAUUUUCAGAUUUCAGACGGGGACACGAAUUUCUCGUUUCGGCAGGGGGAGGGGAUUCUCCUGUAGGAGCAUCCCAGCACUGUAUCCCACCUUUAGAAAGAGCAAACUGCUGAUCUUCAUGGGGAAAGCCUGCAGCAUCAGCUGGGCUUUGAAAUCUGAAAAGCUGACAGCGAUCUGGGGAAACAGGAGAGGAACUCUCUGUCACUGCAGGGUUUGGUUUUUUCCCCUCUGUUCCCUCAACCAGUUUGAGUGCCCGCUGCUUAAACGUAGGGACUUUUAAGAUAGAUGUUCCCAUGUGAAUAUAGAGAGCUAGAAACCCCUAGCAUUGUCCCUGUCCCCGAGGAUGGGGCUGUGUGUGUGGAUGUGUGUGUGUGUGGGCACGCGUGCGUGCGUGCAGAGCCGUGUGGCUGGGAGUGCAGCACUGCACGGCCACACCUGCCAGAUUGUAUCAACAAAAAGUUUAUUUCUAAGUCUAUCAGAAAUUUACUGUACAGCAAAAGUAACUUUAUUUUCAGUGUGAACC